AUGAAACCCGUUAUUGAUCGAGCGAGAGGGUUCACUCCUCGGCACAUCCGUCGCCGCAUUCAAGGACACAUUUCCAUUCACGUCUACCUCACUGCGCUCUCUGAGACUGGAGCAGGAGUAUCAGGAGUGGCAGAAUGCUCGACGAGCGUUGGCUCAGAGGCGAGCCCUGACCAGGGCCCACUGCCCCCAGCCCCGAGGCCUCCUCCCAGGCAGCAGCAACAGCGGCGGCUCCAGGAGGUCCGGGCCCCUCCAGCCCAGGUCCGGUGCAGAGACACGGCUGUCCACAACACCUUCAUGUGCGGAGAUAUGAAAGGAGUGUAUGCUGUGCUGAAGGACCCAGCGAUGGUCAACGCUCUGAUGGAGACGGUGCAUGAGGAGAUGGUGUGGGCUCCAGAGAUGGGCAUGUGGACGCUGAGCUCCAAGGUAAAACAAACCUCAGCAUUACGCCUGGCUGCCAGCAGAGGACACGCAGGAUGUGUGGAGGAGCUGCUGUUUCGUGGAGCCGAGGUGAACGACGACCCUGGAGGCAGCACAGCCCUCCACGAUGCCUGCGUAGGCGGCCAUGAUGUCUGUGUCAGGCUGCUGCUUUCUCACGGAGCAGAUCCAGAACUGCUGGCUGCAGAUGGCAGCGCUCCUCUUCACCUCUGCACCUCUGCCCAGUCAUUCCAGUGA